AUGUACGCGUAUGAGGUACAAAAUACAAGCGUGACUUUCGCCCUGGGUGUGACCCACGUGAAGGUCGUCGCGAUGCUAAAACGAUGCCUGUGGACCACAACGCUGCCGUGGAUUGUCCUUAGCCAGACCUACUACAUGAACUUUGUCUUCAAUAACAAUGGAUAUAUGAAGCGGGAACAAUAUGAAACGGUUCGCGAUGAAAAGAAAAAUUCAAAUUGGGUGGAUAUUGACGAGGAGACCCUGGAGAUCAGUUCGAUGACUGACUAUAAUGGCUGGGCAUCAAAGGAGAGCCAUGAUUCUGCCUCAAACACGGAUGAGGUAACUCAGGUGAUUGUGAUUAGCCACAACGAUAUGCCGAGUCGGGAGACAACUAAGAUUAGGAAAAUAACCACAACCACCAGCACCAAAGUUGAGAGAACAACAGGAUACAAUUUCGAUGCCACAGAAGAGCCCCCACAAGUAGUGACCCACGAAAAAGUGCCCAAGGAACAUAACACAGAGAGACACACCACAAAAAAAAAGCACACCACCACCACAGUGGGGCACACCACAACGAAACACACCACAGCAGGUAUCGGGAAGGAAUUGCAACCAAUACGCCAAGUAGACCCUACAGAAAAAGCCCAAGAAGUGACCACAGAAGCAAAUAUGCUAAUGGAUAUCAUCGAAGACUCUGGCGAAGGAACAGACAAAAAUGAGACUACACCAGAGGGCGGUACCACGCCUAUAACGGAUGGCAGUUCAAAGGAGGAUACAAAAUGGAAAACCGUCACACCCCAUCCGCCGGAAUUCUUUCAGUAUCCCGGCGCCAAAUGUCACGAGGAAAUGGAUCUACACGAGCUGUUCGGCAUUAGUCUGGAGAGAGAUCGCGGCAUACCCAGCAAGGUGCUCUGUGAGUUCAACAACAGCUGGGGCGGUCCCUGGCACCUGAUGACUCGCAUCGAGCUGCCCAGUAGGGUGCAUAUGCGGCACUGGUUCUUCGGCUACAUCACCGAGGACUACAAGGACAUGAAUAUCAACUUCUUGGCGCUGGCCCACAUAAUGAACUCCAUGCGAAUAGCCAUGCUGAUCAUCGGACAGGACAACAACGAUCAGUUGGUGUACAACUUGUACGACGAUGUGGUCAUCUCGGGCUUCAACGAUCUCUUUAUGCUGCGCAAGGCUCAGCUGGUGGCGGCCAAUACCACAGAUCUCCUGUUCGUCUCUGUGGGCGAUGUGAUAACCACUUUUUCGGGUCGUAAUCGCUCGUGUCCCUUCCGCGUCAUCGGUGGCUGGUGGGGCUUCAAUUUGUGGCGCCCCACAUCCCAGUAUUUUUGUGUCUUUCCCGUGGACAGGGACGUCCAGCGACCUGGCUACAUGGCCAUCUUCAUCAAGCCCAGUCCGUUUGCCGUCAACAAUACGGCCAUGUAUGAAAAUGUUAUCACCACACGACGUCCCUGGGCGAGCACCGUCGAUACCAGGCUCAUGGAGCAGGCCGGGGGUAACCAAAUGAAGUAUCGCAAGCUCAAAGGUGAAGAAUUCACGACGAACAAAAUGACAGUUUUGGCUGAGCUGGGUCGUCGUGCGGACAUCUACAAAGACUUGGAAAAGGCUCGCAUCAUGGAAACAGAACAGCCAUUGGGCAAGGUGUAGCACCACAACCAGAUCCUAGGCUUAAGGACGAGGGCUGGUACUCAGAGAAAUCCCCAAGAUUAAUUAGGCAUAUCAAUCAAAUACUCAAUAAAUAUACGAUGACAUUUUUCUAUGGUCUUUUCACGUUGUCAGCAUUUUAAAUAUUUAAAUAUGCAGAAAAUCAACGAUUUUACGAUCUCUUUUGUCAAAGCAAUUUGUUACAG